GUUCACUCUCUGGCUUCUCUUUCACGCCACUCCCCCCUUCCUCUCUCGCUCGCUCGCACCUCCGCCGCGCCGCCCACCGUUCUCCGGCAGCUUUCUCUCUCUCCGGGCUUUCCAUUGCACACCAGAUGUCUGUUGAUCUGUGCAAGACGAAUCCAUCUUUUCUUUGGUGCGAGUGCGGUUUUAUGAGCAGGGGGAGGCUGUGGUGCUUUCAGACAAUCUUGUUCAGGCACUGGACUUGACAGUUUAACUGUUGAGUUUUUCCCUUCUUUUUUUCUUCUUCUCGUCGUUUAGUAAGGUUUCUUGUUGGAUUCUCCAAAAUUUUCUCUGUUUGUUUCUGUUAACAACUUAAAAGACAGAUUGCUUGUCUGGUGCUUUUUUUGCCAAUUUGAAGAAAAAGCACCAGGCACCGAACAUAAAUUUUCACUUAUUGGUAAAGGAGGCUUUCUAGGAGAGUACACGUUCUUCCCUUUUGGGGUCUUCCAAUGGUGAAGACUCACUUAGCUCCUGGAUUUCGGUUUCAUCCUACUGACGUUGAACUGGUGAAGUACUACCUAAAGAGGAAAGUGAUGGGGAAAAAGCUCCUGGUUGAAGCCAUAGCAGAAAUUGAUAUUUACAAGUUUGAACCUUCAGAUUUACCAGAUAAAUCUUGUCUAAGGACUGGAGAUCUUAAGUGGUACUUCUUCUGCCCUAGAGAAAGGAAAUAUGGCAAUGGGGUUAGAAUGAACCGUGCUACUGAAUAUGGUUACUGGAAGAUGACAGGAAAGGAUAGAGCUGUUCUUUGCAAUAAUGAAGUUGUGGGAAAGAUAAAAACUCUGGUGUAUCACUGCGGCAAGUCACCUCGAGGUGAGCGGACUGAUUGGGUUAUGCAUGAAUACAGGCUUGAAGACAAGGGACUGGCUCAGAAGGAUGUUGUUCAGGAUUCUUACGUGCUAUGUGUGCUCUUCAAGAAAGAUGGUCCUGGGCCAAGAAAUGGAGCUCAGUAUGGGGCUCCAUUUAAGGAAGAGGAAUGGAGUGAUGGGGAAGAGAACACUGAAAAUGUUGCGGCUUUGCCUUCUACCGAAAGUCCCAUAUAUCUGCCUGGGAUGAACAGAGAAACCAGUCUGGUCGCUACAACCUCACAGGCUCCCAAGGAUUUUUGUGGUGGAAGGGUGUCAGAGUCAUGCGUCUCUGAUGUGAUAGCAACUGCCAACAUGUCUCUGCCUCUGAAUUAUGCAGAUAACACUCCUCUUCUUGAUCCCAAUAGCAUACCGACUUUGGAAGAGGCCACUCAGAUACCUGGUGAUGAUAUAUACUCAAUGCUGGAUUACUUUGUUGAUGAUGAGAGUUUCGGGUUUGGUGGAUAUUCCCAAAACGAGGCAGGACAUGAGGAGCCUGGAGUUUGUAGAGAUGGGGAACUUCCUCUUUGCUCGGCAGCAGACGACAUUUUCAGUGGACAACCUGCCCCGAGGGACUUGGCCCCAGGCUAUAAUGAGAAUACACCAUUCUUCUUGGAGUUGGAGGAUCUGACCGAGCCGUUGACUUUUCCUGGCAACACAGAUAGCAUUCAUCUGAUUCAGGACCGGUUCGGAUUCUCUGCGGACGAUCCCUCCUCUUGCUUUGUUCCGACACAGCCACAGCCACAGCUACAGCCGAGUCAACCGUUAUCUGGCGACUUGAAGGAACUCUGAGAUGAACCAAAACAGAAACAAUCUGGAGUUGUGACUGUUUCUGCCCUCUCUCUGGUUGCUCAUCUGAUCAAAAGCCAGAAAAUUUUACAGACAACCAUGAAGGAAUUACAAAUUUACAACUUGGAAGUAGUCGAACACAUCUUGUAUGUGUUCUUUCUACGCGAUCCCUUUGUUGUCUUGAAGAAUUUCUAUGUUUUGUAUCUUUUAGAAAUAAUUCCGUCACUGUCAAAACGGAUUCAAUCUAUGCAUGUUUCUCAAAGUUGCUUCGUUUC